UCGUCACUUGGUAGAUCUUUGUGAGGAUCUGUGUGCUGUUGACGGAAUUGUUUUCUGUCAAUUAGGAUCAUUACACCCAGUGAUCAUGCACGGAACUGAGGGCGUAUAAGAUUCUUUUAGUCGUUGAUACACAAGUAUCAUUGUCUCUGGUGCUUACUAACAACCGCUGCAAUCAAUUGAAGAAUGUCUCGAUUCAACUGGGCCCCUGCAGCAAGUCGCCUCCUAAAUGGAAUCCUAUGUGUUUACAAACCUGCAGAACUGCCAACAUCAAGAGUGAUAGAAGUCAUCAAAGGGAAUCUAGCUAGAGGUGUCUGGUGCUUUAAAAUCAAAGUAACACUCAUGAAACAGUACUGCAAAUCCUUAUUUUUUUCUAUAACAGACUUGAAUGCCCUGCCAUGUUACAAAUUGGAGUCAAAAAUGCGGAAAGUAGAUCCUACUUAUGACUUGGCAACACCUAUGGUUAUAGAUGAGUCAUCUCCAGUCUUGUCUGAUGAUCUUCUUGAACACAGACUAAUUCUUGGGCAACGGUAUCUUCCUGAUGACAUACGAAUCCAAUCAUUGCACAAUAUGCAGCGGCAUUCUUCAGGCGUGUUGUUGCUUGGUGUUGGUAGAGGAGUUUUUCAGUUGGAACAUAUUGCUUUGUCAAGAUUAUUACGGGUUUAUCACGUGAGGGGCAGGUUUGGACUUGCAACUACCAACUUUUCCCCCAAAGGCAAAAUCACUGAAAGAACAAGCUACAGACACAUCACCCGCUCCAGAGUUGACAGAGUGUGUGCUGCCAUCCAGUCUACUUCAAAGAUACGAAUGCUGAAGUAUGCUGGCAUUGACCUUCAGAGUCAAGAGGCCUAUGAGCUAAGUGCCUCAGGCUUGCUACGCCCUGAAAAUAGCCAGUCACCACCCAUUCUAUACAGCACCAAGUGUGUGGAAUUUCAGCUUCCAGAUUUUACUUUGGAAAUUACCAGCAUAAAUGAGUUUUGUGAUUACUUCAAAAAUGUCAUUCAUGACAUAGGGCUUCAGCUUCGGUCUACUGCUGUCUGCACAGGCAUACGUCGACUACGGUACGGUCACUUUGAGUUGUCGCAUGCUCUUCUUAGAAAACACUGGAACUUGGAGAGCAUUAUUGACAAUUUGCACCAGAACAAGUCUCAGAUGACUGCUGAAAAGCUAUGUACAGGAUUGAUUCUCCAGGAGCACAAUCAGCCAGAAGAAAUAACUGAUGGUAAAGGCAGUGCUGAAUGCCAAGAGAAGAAUAUAACAGCAUAAAAAGAUGUUAGAAGCUGUCAUUUCCAUCUGUUUUACAAGAGAAUUUAAACUGAAAGCUGUAAUUGUGUGACUUACAUUUGUUGAAUAAAGUGUGAGGAAUGGGGGAGGGCUGUCGCCCUUGUCUGCUGGGAGGCAGAGAUUAUCGCCCUUAUCUGUGUACUAGUUGGAAUGCGUGGAAGUGACGUUUUAAGAAAAGCAUGCAUGAGUGAGCAAACUGAACCUCUGUAGUUGGGGAAAAGACUGAGUGUGAUUUAUUCCCACACCAGUUGUCGAAGAAGAGAGACUGUAGUAAAUUUUUUUGAGUGAAAGAGACCAAGGAAGCGGUUCUGGGACACUGAAAUGUAUCGUCGACAGUCAGGUGUGUCUGCCUAGUCAGCACCUACUGUUCGGGAGUCUGCAAGUGUGUAUCAUCGUCAAAAGGUGUGUCAGCCUAGUCGACACUCGCGGCUCUCGGAUACGGACACGGUACGGUCGACAGACUGGCGUGCUGACCUCGUCAACCCCAGCGGCCCCAGUUUAUGAAAGUUUUUCAAGGAAGUGUAUAUGUGAACAUCCCUGGACAUCACCCACCGUAAGUGAAAAUUUUGGAACAACUGGAGUAACAUUUGUUUAUAUAGAUUGAACGACGGAGAGGUUGAGAGUCGUCAUUGAGGUGCGAUUUUUGGUUUCCAGUCAUUUUCAUGUAUUGAUUUGAGUUACGUAAAUGUUGUUGCCCUACCUUUAAAUACAAGCUCCCGCACACUAUGGUAGUGUAAGCCCAGGUACAAAUCUCAGUAAUUUGUUGUCAUAAAGGACAUGUGUUGUCUAUGACUUGUGUGCUGUCCCCAUCAUAAAGACAUUGGGAUGUAAAUGGCUGCAGUGUUUGAGGAAAUAUUUCUACAUCAUUAGAUUCAUGAAGUGUUCAUAUAUUGUAGGCCUUAAGAGCACUUUGUACAUUUCAGCACAAACAUGGUUGUGAAAGAAAUGGUAUAUCUUAACAUGCAACCAUAAACACUUCCAGUCAUCAA